AAAACAUGGACAUCCUACAAAUGUUGUUCUUCUGUUGUUCCCAACCUCAUGAUAACUUUUAUAUUUGUAAUAAUUCCAUUACUGUAGCUUAAAAACUUGACUGAUGUCAAAGUGGAAAGUAAAGAGGAAGAAGAAGAGAUGGGCGAUCGGCCAUCUACGGAGGAGGGCGAACUGAUGGUGGCCAUUAAAGAGGAGGACUUUCCCAUGGAGAUUAACAAUGCGUGCGGUCAUGAGGAAACGUCUGAGGGUCGUCUCACUUCAUCUCAAGACUGUAAAAUAGAAGAUGAAGACGCCGCGUGCGAUUCUCUACGAGACGAUCCCAUUACGCUAAAUCUUCAUCCAGGUCAUCACAGCACUAACGGAUCAGAAGAUCCCACCAACCCAGAGGAAUCGUGCCCGAGUAAUUCGGAAAUCAGGAAACUCCUUGUUGAAGACGAAGAGGAUGGGAUAUUUUCAUGUACUGAAUGCGCCAAAUGUUUCACGUUGAAAUCGGCAUUCUGUAACCACCUGAAAACACUUCACACGGACGAGCCGUCAUUUAAAUGCCCUGUGUGCGAAAAAGGUUUCACACGGAAAGUGUAUCUUAUUCGGCACCAAGCCUCCCACGCCGAAAAGUCGUUUCGGUGUUCCGAGUGCAGGAAAUGUUUUAUGCGGAAAGCUGAUCUCCUCAGACACGUGAAGACCCAUUCGGGCGUGAAGCCUUUUUCGUGUUCCGAGUGCGGGAAGUGUUUUGGCGAGAAGGGCACCUUGGUGAAACAUCGGUUCACCCACACCGGCGUCAAGCCGUUUAUUUGCAAUGACUGCGGGAAGAGCUUUGUCGGGAAGUCGUAUUUUAUCAAACAUCAGAGCAUGCACGCGGGAGAGCGCCCGUUUCCGUGCCCCGAGUGCGACAAAUGCUUUGUGUCUAAAUCCCAACUGGGGGCCCACCAGAAGAUUCAUUCAGAGUUCAGGCCAUAUUCUUGCUCUGACUGCGGGAAGGGCUUCACGUUCAAGUGUAAUUUAGUCGUUCAUCAGCGGGCCCACAGCGGCGACCUGCCUUAUACCUGCUCCGAGUGCGGGAAGAGGUUUUCCAAGAAAGCCAUUCUAGACCGGCAUUUCAGAGGGCACACUGGAGAAAAGCCAUUUUCCUGUUUGGAGUGCGGAAAGAGAUAUACAGAUAGAAGAAAGCUGGAACGACACCGGGCAGAGCACUCCGGGGUCAAGCCCUUCGAGUGUUUGCACUGCAGGAAGGCCUUUCUCUAUAAGCCGGAUUUAACAGAACACGAGAAAACGCACUCCGACGAGCGCCCGUUCUGCUGCUCCGAGUGCGGGAAACGAUACAAGAAGAAGUCAGACCUUGCGUCUCAUCUCCAGACCCACACGGGAGAGAAUAUGUUUGUGUGCUCCGAAUGCGAGGAACCCUUCCCUCGGAAGCGCGCUCUCCUCGGUCACAUGAAGAUGCACGUUGGGGAGAAACCGUUUUUGUGUUCGGCGUGUGGGAAAUGCUUUGUAGAGAAUUCGGACUUGGUCGUCCACCAGGAAACUCACGUUGCCGAACUUCCGUUCCCGUGCCCAGACUGCGGUAAACGGUUCAAGAAGAGAUGGUUCCUCACCGAGCACCAACGGACUCACACGGGCGAGAAGCCAUUUGCGUGCUCGGAGUGUGAUUAUCGUACUUCGUGGAAAUCCGACCUUCAGAAGCACCUUAGGACUCACACUGGGGAGCCGUACGUAUGUCAGGCGUGCGGGAAAAGCUUUUCCACGGAAUACUCGCACGCUGUACAUCGAAGGGAUUGUCAUCAUUGACUGGUUGGGUUCCGGCUGGUGCUGGCCGGCACCUUCGAUGUCGGGAGCAUGGAGUGAAGUCUUCCUUUUGAGUUUUUUUGCAGUUUUAUUCCAGAGACGUCAUUGUGGGACAAUACCAUAGAAUUUUAAGAACAUUUAUUGUUUGGAUCAAAUGUUUUUUUUGGUUUUAAUGUGUUUUUUAUUUUUUACUAACGUUUAAGUCUAUGCAAAAAUAUACAGCAAA